GAUGUACCUCUGAUGACUUCCCACCCUGUAACGGAAACUACUAUUGUCCUCGUGGAGCAGCCUGUCGAGUUUUGCCAUCAAUAAUACAUUAAACAGCAGAAAAUUGAAAUACAUAAAUUGUUGAACAAAACUCUGUGUGGUUUUCUCUCCUUCAAACGAAAGUAAAACAUGAGAAAACAUUACCAUUACUCAUAUCUUCAAAAUGCAAAUUUUAAUAAUUUUGUGUAUUUUCUCAAUUUCCAUAACACUGUGCUCCCGCGGAUUCGUCAAGAUAAAGGGUCAAUUUCUUUGCAAUGGAUUACCGUGGAAAAAUGAAAAAGUGGCAAUUUACGAAGCGAAUUACGUGCUGCCAGAUACAAUGUUUGCAAUGAAUUUGACUGACUCUGAUGGAAAUUUCAAUUUGGAAGCUUCAGGGAAAGAUAUCUACCCAAUCCGUCCCUACAUCUACCUGCCCAACUAUUGCAAUGCAGCCCAGUUUCUGAACAGAGAGUGGGCGGCCUACUUGCGCAUUCGAAUUCCAGAUUUUUAUAUUGAAAGUCUCAAAAAUCAAGAUUUUGAGCCAUUGGAUUUUGGCCGAAUUGAGCUGAGUCACGUGGAAUCCGAGCAAAUUGGGUUUCACAAGUUUACGGAUUUGAUCAAGAAUUUCGCCGAAAGUCGGCCAAUAAGAAAGGGGAAGAGGACCAAAAUGUCGGAGAUGUAAUUUCAAAAAAUUAUGCAAUAAAGUUUUGUAUAAAUAAACUAA